GUCGCCAGUUUGAAAUGAGCCGUCGGGAGGGCGAGAGUGCGCCAGUGCCGUCUGCGAAACGCACGUAACGUGCAAAUAGUGGUUUCAACUAUGAUGGAGGACCCGACCCAAGUAAUGUUCACCGAGUUACCAGUCCCCCUGCUGUCGACCGCGGCGCUCCUCCGCCACCACCACCACCGCUACCAGCCGUACCAGCGGCUGCACCAGCCGCAACACUUCCACAGCCCCGCGCAGGACCUGCACGCGCCGCAGCGCGGCCGCGGCGACGGCGACCAGGGCACGCACAUCUCCUGCCUCUACCCCGAGAUCCUGGCCAUCAUCUUCGGCUACCUGGACGUGCGGGACAAGGGGCGCGCGGCGCAGGUGUGCACCGCGUGGCGCGACGCCGCCUACCACAAGUCGGUGUGGCGCGGCGUGGAGGCCAAGCUGCACCUGCGGCGCGCCAACCCCUCGCUGUUCGCGUCGCUGGUGCGGCGUGGUAUCAAGCGCGUCCAGGUGCUGUCGCUGCGGAAGUCGCUGCGGGACGUGGUGCAGGGCGUCCCCAACCUGGAGGCGCUCAACCUCAGCGGCUGCUACAACGUGGGCGACGUGGGGAUCUCACACGCCUUCGUAGUGGACGUGCCGUCCCUUUGCGAACUAAACCUGUCUCUGUGCAAGCAGGUGACAGACACCUCGCUGGCAAGGAUCGCGCAGUGCCUCAGGAACCUCGAGGUGCUGGAGCUGGGUGGGUGCUGCCACGUGACUAACUCGGGACUGGCAUCCAUCGCCUGGGGACUGAAGAAGCUGAAAAGACUGAACCUACGCUCCUGCUGGCAAGUCGGCGACGAGGGCAUCAAGCAGCUGGCGUCUGGCAACCGUUCGCUGGAGUACCUAGGACUGCAGGACUGCCAGAAGUUGUCCGACGAGGCGCUCAAGCACGCCACGGGCCUGACGUCGCUCAAGUCCAUCAAUCUCAGUUUUUGUGUUAGCAUAACGGACAGCGGCCUCAAGUACUUGGCGAAGAUGAGCAACUUGCGCGAGUUGAACUUGCGUUCGUGUGACAACAUCUCCGAUACGGGAAUGGCGUUCCUGGCCGAGGGCGGGUCCAGGAUAUCCUCGUUAGACGUGUCGUUCUGUGACAAGAUUGGCGAUCAAGCGUUAGUGCACAUUUCUCAAGGACUGUUCAAUUUACGAAGUUUGUCGUUGAGUGCGUGUCAAAUUUCGGACGAGGGACUGAGUAAAAUCGCGAAUACCCUACACGAUAUGGAGACGCUAAACAUCGGCCAGUGCAGCAGGGUGACGGAUAAGGGUUUGACCACGAUCGCGGAGUCGCUCUUGAGGCUCAAAUGUAUAGACUUGUACGGUUGCACAGGGAUUACGACGGAAGGACUGCAAAAAAUUAUGAAUUUACCACAACUUAUUGUCCUCAACUUGGGGCUGUUUCAUGUUAGGUGAAACGCAUUAGUCUGAAUAGAAAUUUUUACUUUGUAUGCGUCCUCCAAUGGAAUUUUUGCUUGAACCGGGACUAAACUAAAUUUAUCGUAUAGUAUUAAAUGUUUUUUCUUCGAGUUUCUUAUACAUGACCAAACAUUCCAAAAUCUUCAAGGCAAGCUAACUUCCGGCGGAUGGCUCUUAUAAGCUGUGAUAGAAUAAAAACGAAUGACGUAAAGUUCGACUAAAGUGAAAUUACCUGUAAGCAUGAUUAUUAUUAUAUUGUUACUACAAUAAUUAACCAUUGAGAACUGAUUUUAAGUAAGCGUAUUCGUAAUAUUUCAUAAAAACGUUCACAUGAUUUUUGCGAAAAUACAAAGUUUUCUUUCUUUUUUGUUUCGCUCAAUAGUAGCACCACAAGUAAGAACUAGUGAUUUCUUCUAAUAUUAUGAGGUUGUAUUUCUGUAGCUAGCUAAUCUAAUUUAAGUGACCUAAUUACAGAAUACCAAAGCAAGAAUGAAUUAUCAAAAGACACUAGUAAAUUAUUUUUUGUACGUACACGUAUACAAUGUUGUUCUUUCGCAUACGUUGCUCUCGAGUGACGCGCUUUUUUAAAGUUUUUACAAUUUUUACAAACAUCGAACACUUGUUUUGUUAUUUUUGAUGAGUAAUUACGUUACUCGUUUAUUUAAAAGAAUGUGAUAGCGUUUAAACAAUCAUUUUGCAGCGCGUUUGCUGUGUUAUUUUAAAUUUCCGGAAAAACUUUGUUAACCGUUAUUAUAUUUGUUUCCACCAAAUAAUCUUUGUUAAUUAUUCCGUUUAAUGUAUUUUUUCAUUUUAUUAAUACCAUUUUGUUAAAUUGAUUAGCGUAACAUUUGCAGAUCGUCAUCUGUUCCUGAAUACUUUCACUGUUUUUUGUUCGUAUUCAUGUUAUUGCUUUUUCUUUAAAGCUACAAAAAAUUGUGGUGCAAAACAAGUUUUAAAUUGAGCUGUAAAAAUGUACAGUGAUCAUUAUAGUAUUUGU